CACCUCGAGUCACACUUCGGGUCAUAUGACUGACGUUACGUUGGGCGCCGAGCAUCAGACGUGCUGUCGUAGGCGUUGACUCGACGACUCCUCCACACCGCGUCUCCGUGAUCCCGAGCCCUCGCGAGCCCUCCGAGUAUCCGUGUUUGGCAAGAGAAUUGACCGGACGACACCAUGGCUCUCAGCGACGCGGACGUUCAGAAGCAGAUCAAGCAUAUGAUGGCCUUCAUAGAACAAGAGGCCAAUGAGAAGGCAGAGGAAAUAGAUGCCAAGGCGGAGGAAGAAUUCAAUAUUGAGAAGGGACGUCUAGUGCAGCAGCAGCGUCUCAAGAUCAUGGAGUAUUAUGAGAAGAAGGAAAAGCAAGUUGAACUGCAAAAGAAGAUACAAUCUUCAAACAUGCUGAAUCAAGCACGAUUGAAGGCUCUGAAAGUGCGCGAAGAUCAUGUACGCAACGUCCUUGAUGAGGCUAGAAAGAGAUUAGGUGAAGUAGCUCAUAAUCCCACGCAAUACAGAGAAAUUCUCCAGCUGUUGAUCAUCCAGGGGCUUUAUCAACUAACAGAGACAAACAUUACUCUUCGUGUUCGUCAAGUCGAUGUACCUCUCGUAGAGUCCCUCAUCGACAGCGUUCAGCAGCAAUAUAAGCAGAAAACCAAGAAAGACGUCACCCUGAAGAUCGAUACCGAUAAUUUCUUACCCUCAGAAAGUUGUGGAGGUGUGGAAUUAUUAGCAUCCAAAGGGCGCAUAAAGAUUAGCAAUACUUUGGAGACCAGAUUAGAGCUGAUAGCGCAACAAUUGAUACCCGAGAUCCGUUCCGCUCUGUUCGGGAAAAAUUUAAAUCGCAAGUUUAACGAUUAAGCUAGUUUCCUUCGACAAUUGAUAUUGAUUGACUCUCCAAAACAUUCCUUUUAACAGCAAAUUACUAUCGCAUUAAUCAUGUAUUAUAUAGAAUAAAAUUAGCAUACGACACGCCUUUUGUCGAGACUCAUGCCUAAUAUUUUCAAUGAAAGUAUAUUCUGAAUGAAUUGCCGUGCAAUAUUUAUCGUUGAAAGAGUCGCGAGCGAACUGUACAUUAUACUCUUCAGUCUUCACACACAAAAAACAAAAAAGGUCCUUUAUUAUUCUAUCCCCUUCUGACAGACGAUAAAAUGGACGUAAAAGUGAUUAAUUAUUUCACGAUAUA